UCCUCUCGGUUCAGUCAGGACCCCCAGACCAGUCUGUACUGAAGCAGAGAAGCAGUAACCAACCAGGUGGACAAGAUGAAGAAGCUUGCUGUGUUUUUGCUUUGCAUGGUCCUGCUGACCAUCUAUACAGAGGCCAACCCUAUCAUCAAGGAGAGCUUUGCUAAGCAGCUCCUUCGCAGUAAGAGGCAGAAACCUGGUCACCCCGAUGAGCCAAUGAGGGAGCACCUGCUGUACAUGCAGGUCCUGGAUCAGAGAGCCCAGGAAACCACCAGGGAGAACUGGCUCAACCCCCACUGCUACCCCCGGUGCAACAGCAACUACGGAUAUCCAGUCUGAGGAGGGCUUGUCAGAGGAAGGUCCUGUCUGAGGAAGGUCUCUUUGGGAAAUGG